AUGCCUGCCAAGAACUCCUCCUCCUCUGUGACAGAGUUUAUUCUCGCAGGCUUAACGGACCAGCCAGGACUCCAGAUCCCCCUCUUCUUCCUGUUUCUAGGUUUCUACGUGGUCACUGCAGUGGGGAACCUGGGCUUGAUAACCCUGAUAGGGCUCAACUCUCACCUGCAUAUUCCCAUGUACUUAUUCCUCUUCAACCUGUCCCUCAUAGAUUUCAGUUAUUCCACUACCCUUACCCCUAAAAUGCUGAUGAGUUUUGUCUCAAAGAAGAACAUGAUCUCCUAUGCAGGGUGUAUGACUCAGUUUUUUUUUUUCUGUUUCUUUGUCUUUUCUGAGUCCUUCAUCCUGUCAGCGAUGGCAUAUGAUCGCUACGUGGCCAUCUGUAACCCACUGUUGUACAUGGUCACCAUGUCUCCCCAGGUGUGCUUGCUCCUUUUGUUGGGUGUCUAUGGGAUGGGGGUUUUGGGGGCUGUGGCUCAUUUGGGAAACAUAAUGUUUAUGACCUUUUGUGCAGAAAAUCUUGUCAAUCACUACAUGUGUGACAUCCUUCCCCUCCUUGAGCUCUCCUGCAACAGCUCUUACAUAAAUUUGCUGUUGGUUUUUAUUAUUGUGACCAUUGGCAUUGGGGUUCCAAUUGUCACCAUUUUUAUCUCUUAUGGGUUUAUUCUUUCCAGCAUUCUCCACAUUAGCUCCACAGAGGGCAGGUCUAAAGCCUUCAGUACCUGCAGCUCCCACAUAAUUGUGGUAUCACUUUUCUUUGGGUCAGGAGCUUUUAUGUACCUCAAACCACCUUCUAUUCUACCCCUGGACCAGGGGAAAGUGUCCUCCAUUUUUUAUACUGCAGUGGUGCCCAUGUUUAACCCAUUAAUCUACAGCCUGAGGAAUAAAGAUGUCAAAGCUGCCCUGAGGAGAACCUUUUGCAGAAAAUUCUUAAAUGAUUGA